ACAGUCAGCACAUUCAUAGCCUGGAGAGCUCCGAGCAAGAAUCAAUCAGCACAAUGAGCAAGAGGUUCCCGCUGCAGGUCCGCAUUAUUGGAUUAAUGCAACACAAGAAGAUAAAGACCUAUCUUUCAUCAGUCCUGUGGUCUGAUCAGAAUGAUGUUAUUGUGUACAGGACAUUCGCAGAAUUUAAGAAACUGCAUAAAGCCAUUGUGAAGAAGUACCCUUUAGAAGCUGGCCGUAUUAAAAAGUCAGACCGCGUUCUCCCCAAAUUCCAAGAUAUCUCCAGAAGGGAGAAAAGGCAAGCCCGAGUCAGUAGAUCAGUGCUCAGGAUCGGAAUGCUGCAGGAAUAUUGUGAUCGUUUAUUGACGUCUUCCACUAAGAUCCCUGAGGACCGAGAUAUUGUCCAAUUCUUCCUGGCCACCAACAGUGACCUGGCACCGUCCUUUCCCUCAGACAGCGUUAUUGUCAUGCCUUCAGCAGUAGAGAAGAGGAGAGAGACCCUCCGGCGUUCUGCCAGAACCGGCGCCCAGUCUAUCACCCAGCCCAUGGCUUCAGAGAAUUACAGAUGCAUCGCAACUUAUGAAACCAAAGAUACCAAGAGCAAGCCGUUUAAGGUGCUGGAGGACGAAACCGUCGAUGUUAUAGCCAAGAACACAUCAGGUUGGUGGCUUGUGGAGAAUGAAGAGAAGCAAUUAGCCUGGUUUCCAGCUCCCUAUCUCAAAAAAUGCCUUACUUCUGUCAAAUCUGGGGACUCAUUCAUUGAAACAUCAGGCGAAUACCAAUAUUAUGCUGUUAAAAGCUAUGAAAAGAAAAAUGAAGAUGAACUAUCCGUGCAUGUGGGUGUUAUAGUUGAAGUCUUGAAAAAGUCCAGUGAUGGAUGGUGGUUUAUUAGGUAUGAUGGUCAGUCUGGGUAUGUCCCAUCGGUCUAUCUGCAGCCAUACAAAAACCCUCAUUCGAAAUUACAGAUUCUAACCAAGCCGGCCAGAUGUGCUUCCACUCCAGAUCUCACUAUCACCGUUGACAAUUCAUCUGUGCUGUCAAAUGUUGAAAAGCAGAAGUUGCGGAGAAGCCAAGACUGUUCCCACACAAAAACCACCGGUGUCACUCUUAAACUGCAAAGGCAAAAAUCAAGGUCUUCCACCUACUUGCCAGAUGAAAACCUAUCUGAAGGUGAAUUGAGCCUCCCCAACUCAGACGAGUCAGACAGCAGGUCAGAAAGCGUGUGUGAUGAUAGUUCAGACAAAUCAGAGUUGACUGAGGAUGAUAGUUUACCAGAUAGUUACCACGUCCUUAAAGGCUCCGAUAAUGUAGCAAGACUGUUUGAGAACCUAACUGGGUCUGCUGAGACCAUGUCCAAGAACGAUUCGGGAGUGGAAAACGUGGAUUUGAGUGACAGCCCUGACACUUCAACAGAUGUGACUCCCAGAAUACCUCCAAGGCCACAUCGCCAAGAAAUACUCUCAAGGUGCACCACCUUCACCAAGAACAUGGUUCUCCGCUCUCAAAACCAUCCCACCUUCCAAAGUUACAUAACAGAACCUUAGGUUGCUCAACCAAAGUAUUGCUGAGGAAGAAACGUUUUGUUUCAUUUUUACUUAAACAAUAUUUGAAAAAGUAUGCAGAAGCUGCAAAUUUUGUACAAUUUAUUUGAGGGAAAUAUAGGUAGUAAGUGUUAGUUUUUCAGUUCAUGUUGCUGAAUGUAUUCAACUGCCACUCAGCAGAGUAGAUAUGUUAAUCCAUUAUAAGGGUCACAAUGAAGGCAAACAUACUAAUUACUCUUUGACUUUGUGGAAAAUUCCUUCAAUUGGACUCUGUUGAACUAGCCUAUCUUUUCAUAAUGAGAGAGUGACACCAGGAUUGACUAGGGGAAUGCUAAUUUUCAGCACAUCCUAAAUGACAAUCAUGUAAAUAACAAUUAAUGAUGUUUAAUUAAUAAAUCAAUAUUUAAUAAUUUUUAAAUAUAUUAAAAUACUAAUUUUGGGACAUACUGAAAUGAAACUCGUUCAGCUUGACACAUAUUGAAAUGGUUUUAACGCGAUGCUAUAAUGAAGAUAGUCAUUGGUUUAAGAGCUUGUGCUGCUUGUUAAGUUUAUUAAUACCUCUGGCUGCCUUUGAGGCAUCCAAAUCAAAUAACAUUGUCAUAGGUCUGUAAACCAGUCCCAGACUAAUGUGAUUGUUUUUUGAUCGCCAUCUCUGUUAUAACGAAAUACUGUCAACUAUCAACUUUUCAGAGUACUUCUGGAUAGCCAGCAAAGCUAGCAUACAAAUUUUACAAAAAAGAAAAGCUUUACUAAAGGAUCACAGGUUGAAAAGAAGGGCUUCUUCAGUUAUUGCUGAACAUUGUGUCAUUAUACACUCUUCAAGAAAAGUGACUCAAGUUUAUCUGGUCAACCACCACGCUGCCCAAGUGUCCAAGGAAAUCAAAAAAAAUCAUGCUCUAAUUUAACAAGUGGUUCUUCUAUUCAAAUGUGAGCAAGUUGUAUUUUCCAUAAUGGAAUAAAAAAGCUGUUUUGUCAUUGUACAGCAAUAGCUUAUAUUAAGAAAUGUAACCAGGUGUUUUUGAGAUGUGGGAUGGUACAAUAACUGCAGUAGAAAUGUAUCAGGAAUCAUGUCCCUUGCUUUUAGGUAAACAGCUGGUUUUCUGGUUCAGCUAUAUUUGCUGUUUAUUUCCUUUUCAAAUGAUUCUGUACUUUUGGGUUAUGCAAAAUUGCAAUAAACAUUUAUGUAUUUUAAAAUA